AUGGCUCAAUCGACCGAUGAGGCCGCUAGUCAGCUUAAUCAACUCAAUAAUGCCCGAAAUCUCGUUCUAGCGGACGCCGCAUUCUAUCCGCAGAUCGCGACCAGCAUCCUUCCUAUCGUCGGCGCCAACUCGAGAUUUGAAUUGAGAAGAUGGGGUGCUGAAUUCUUGGCAGAGACUUUUUCCAGUCCAAUCCUGCCUGCGCCACAGAAGGAGCAGCUCGCGCCUAAUGUUCUCCAGUCGAUUCAAGAGAUUCUCAUACUGCCGGAGACAGAUACAGCGGUUUUACAGAGCUUAGUACAAACAGCCGCCAGCUUAUAUCCUUUGAUAUUUCGCCAUGUUGUGAACCACCCCGAGGAUGGCAAAACAUGGGAGACUAUGAAUGCGAUUAAGCAGGAUAUCCUCCGACGAAUGGACUCUUUCCCUGCUUCAGCCAAGGUUUGCUGUGUCAAGUUCCUUCAACGAGUGGUCCAGGUUCAAACACCGGGUCUGAUUUCAGACCCUAGGAGACCCGAACAGAACGAGACUUCGCUCGCGAUUGUCCCUCGGGGUCACUCCCUUCUUUCCAUCCCGCAGCUUGAGGCCGAAUCAUCAGGUCUUCUCGAUCGCCUACUUGGUGUUUUUCAAGAAGAUAUCAGUGAUCCACUACUCGUCAAUGCGACAUUGAACUGUCUUGCGCCUCUCAUCCGGACACGCCAAAGUAUCGCGAGUAAGAUCAUUAAUGUUGUGCUGGAAUUCUAUCCGGCAAAGCAUGUCCGCCCUCCUUUUACUCCAACCGUUCGCAUUAGCGUCAAGUCAAUGGAGCGUACAGCUCGAGCUUUGAUUAUCAAUCUCGUAAAGAAGAAUCCGAAUCAUCCUAUGUUAGGGAAAAUGCAGGUGUACAUUGAGCGCCUGAUACAAUCCAAACUGGAGGUGGUAGAUGAUGCGUCUCGAAAGCGUGGAUUAUCUACGGAGCCAACAGAUGGCUUGGAUAGUGCGAAACGGGCCCGUAUCGAUGAUGCCACUCCCCCAUUGCUCAAGGUCCCUCCCCUACCUCCAGGACCUACGAGUUACGACCAACUUUUCACACUGACCCAAGAUGUUGGACUUUCCUCGUUCGACGUCAAGCAACUUCCUCCCGAUCUGAUCCUGAAGAUCGCCGUACCUCUUCUUGCGCAAGUAAAUCCGGCAAUGCUCACACAAGCUAUUGAGGCAGUUCGUGGUCGAUAUCAAACUAUAACGAAAGACCAAAAUCUGAAGCGCCAACAGCAACAACAACAAGCCCUGGCAGCUGAUGGGGAUGAUGAUUACGAGCCUGAGUACUCGCCCAUGGAUGUGGCGGAAAACGACUCGUAUGAGGCCGGGGAUGAUGUGGCUCAAAUAGCGGACCCCGAACCCGACUUAGUCUCCUUGGGUCCUUUCGUCCUGCCCCCGCCGCCUCCUCUAGAUGAGGAAGAGGCAGGAGAAAUUGGACGUGGUGCUGUCGCACGAGUAUUCAGCAUGAUUAAUGUUGCCGAAGCAGAUACAGCUGCGCCUACCGGCAAACAACAGCAACUGGGCUUUUCACGCUUGGCGGCUAGUACUUUCGAUCGGGACGCCUGGGUUGUCCUUCUCACUCGACUGGCCACCCGUGCACCAGCUGGUCUGGAAGGUAGUGCCGAGGCAGGUCAAGGAAAACCAACCACUAUAUCUGAUUCCAUUCGCCAAACACUAUAUCGCUACAUUCUGGAGGACUUCCGUGCUCGCGUCACCAUCGGUAUCUCCUGGUUGAAUGAAGAAUGGUAUAACGACCGCAUUCAGAUGAAGGCUGUGGCUUCUCAACGUGACGAGAACGAGGAAGGAUCUAUCGUCCCGAUUCACUAUGACAUCUGGGUACUUCGACUCCUUGACGGAUUCAUCCCGUAUCUGGACUCCCGUGAUAUCAAGGUAUUGGUGCGCUUCCUCAGCGAGAUUCCGGAAGUCACCGUCGCCAUUACUCAACGCGUGGCCAGUCUGGCCAGGGACCCUGAGCGAGUCAAUCUCUGCGUUCAAGCACUAAUGUAUCUGAUCAUGUUCCGUCCCCCUGCGCGCGAGAUGUGCCUGAAUACACUUGAGGACGUGUACCAAACCUACGAAGAGUCUCGCCCGGCAGCUGGCAAGGUCCUGGCCAAAUGGCGCCCCCAAGCAAAACAAGAUGAAUCAGUCGCCAAUGGGGUUGCGGAAUCGACAAGUACUCCACAACCGGAGGCUACAGCUGCUACCACGGCCUCGGAGUAA